AUACGUUACUGCUCCAACUCCCCGCAUCGGCUGCUCUGCUCGCGGCCGCGCUCGCUCGCUCGCUCGCCCGCUGGAUCGUCGCACCCCCUCUCCGAGGUGCAUUGAUGACGCCGGCCGGCGGCCUUGGACAUUAACUUUCCGCGGGACCUUCCGUAGAGACGUAAGCGCAGAUGUCGCCUGCAGCGGAGGAGGUGAGGGAGGUGGAGAGUUCGUGGGAGGUGGCGCUCCGAAGGUUGAUACCUCCCGGAGCGCCGAUCCCCGAUGAGGAACAUCUGGAUUACUCCAUCGCCAUCGGGCAUGAUCUACCGCCGGAUCCCCGCCGCGGUCACGAGGCGGAGAUUUUGGACCUUCACGGUGCGUCUGGUUCUUCCGUCUUUGAUGGAUUCGGCCACUCCAACGUAGGAGGGACUCGGUUUAACCGCCGUAGGAGCAGCGACCCGCCACGGCGAACGCCUGCUGACAGGAAUAGGUCUUCCUCCGUCGCUUGCGCGCCGGCGGAGCCUGUCGACAGUGCUUUGCAUUCCGAACCUAGGACAUCCUCGGCGCGUCGUGCUGGAUCCUUCUCCGGCUCCCUGAUUCAUCCGCCAUCCGGGGAGGUCGUGCUUGGAGGGGAGACGAGUUCGGAGGAGGACGUCGCCGGCAGCGCCAAAGCUGCAUCUCCAGCUCCUUCGCCGGUGAAGGAGAGGAAAAAGGGCGUUUGUUGCCGAUGUGGAAAAGGUAACAUUUUGAAGGACAGGGAGGCUUGCUUGGUGUGCGACGCGAGGUACUGCAGCAACUGUGUUCUCAAGGCCAUGGGAUCGAUGCCGGAGGGGAGGAAAUGCGUAGGUUGCAUUGGCCAGCCGAUUGACGAAUCUAAGAGAUCGGGUCUGGGUAAGUGCUCAAAGAUGUUGUCCAAGCUUUGUGGCCCGUUGGAGAUCAGGCAGGUCAUGAAGGCGGAAAGGGAAUGCGCCGCGAACCAGGUCAGGCCCCAACAAUUGGUUGUCAAUGGAAGACCCUUGCGGCAGGAGGAGCUUGAUGAGGUAUUGGGGUGCUCGAUGCCACCGCAGAAACUCAGACCUGGGAGAUAUUGGUAUGACAAGGAUUCAGGGUUCUGGGGGAAGGAAGGUGAGAAACCUGACAGGAUUAUUAGCUCGAAACUUAAUGUAGGAGGUAAGUUGCAAGUAGAUGCAAGCAAUGGCAACACACAAGUGUAUAUAAAUGGCCGAGAAAUCACAAAAUUGGAACUGAAAGUUCUUAAGUUGGCAAAUGUGCAAUGCCCGCGAGAUACUCAUUUCUGGGUAUAUGAUGAUGGUUCUUAUGAAGAAGAGGGUCAGAAUAACAUUAGGGGAAAGAUUUGGGAAAAGGCAUCAACUCGUCUCUUAUGUUCAUUGUUCAAAUUGCCUACCCCUCCUGAGAACCCUCCUGGAUCCAAGGAAGUUAUAUCUACUUAUUCAAUUAGAUCGGUGCCAGAGUAUCUGGAGCAAAAAAGACUGCAGAAACUUUUGUUACUUGGCUUAGAGGGUUCGGGGACCAGCACUAUAUUUAAACAGGCAAAGUACUUAUAUGAGAACCAGUUCUCUUCUGAAGAAAUAGAAAAUAUUAAGCUGAUGAUUCAAAGAAGCUUGUAUAGAUACCUUAGCACUUUGCUUGAAGGGCGUGAGCGCUUUGAGGAUGAAGCUUUAGAGCGGAAUAAAUCUGAAUCAUCAAAGUCUACUAUGCCUACAGAUGGUUUAGGUGGAGGCGGAAGUCAGAAACAUAACCAAAAUGCAUAUUCAAUCAACCAAAGAUUAAGACAUUUUUCUGAUUGGCUACUUCAGAUAAUGGCUAUGGGAGAUCUAGAGGCCUUUUUUCCUGCCGCAACUCGUGAAUAUGCAUCAGUUGUGGAGGAGGCAUGGAGACAUCCUGCAAUACAAGCAACUUAUAAGAGAAAGAAUGAGUUGCCUUUUCUUCCUGAUGUUGCCAGCUACUUUCUAGAUCGGGCUGUGGAAAUAUCUAGCAAUGACUAUGAACCCACAGAGAAAGACAUUCUGUAUUCUGAAGGAAUUACCCAGUGCAAUGGGCUUGCUUUCAUUGAGUUUUCUUUAGAUGAGCCAUAUGCCGAGAAGUUUGAUUGCUCACAUCCCCAAAUAAAGUAUCAGUUGAUUCGUGUAAGUUCAAAAGGGUUAAACGAAGGCUGCAAGUUGCUCGAAAUGUUCGAGGAUGUGCGUGCCAUCAUCUUCUGCGUCUCUCUCAGUGACUAUGAUCAGAUGUGGCCCCAAAGCUCGGGUGAAUUAUGCAAUAAAAUGAUGGCAAGUAAACACCUCCUUGAGAGUAUAGCAAGCCAUUCUUCUUUCAGGGAGACGCCUUUUGUUCUUCUUCUGAACAAGUAUGAUGCCUUUGAGGCAAAGAUCAACAAGGUGCCAUUAACAGUGUGCGAGUGGUUCGCAGACUUCAGCCCUGUGAAGGCGCGAGAUGCACACCAGUCACUUGCUAACCAGGCAUACUACUACAUAGCCGUGAAGUUUAAAGACCUCUUUGCCUCCAUCAGCAAUCGGAAGCUAUUUGUCUUUCAGAUGAAGGCUCGCGAACGAGCUACUGUUGAUGGGGCAUUCAAAUACAUACGAGAGGUCUUGAAGUGGGACGAUGCAAAGGAUGAUAAUAUUUAUGGUGACCUAGAUGAGUCAAUUUACAGUACAGAUUUUAGCUCAUCAGUGUAUUUCAAAUAUGGAUGAUGAUUCUGUUCAGGAAUUAGUUCUGCUUCUUCUGUAGAUAGUGAGCUAUUCAUUGUAUUCAGAUGCUUGAGUAUCCUAUGAAAUUCUAAUGUUCUUAUUC